AUUAUUCCAUUAUUCCAUUCCUAUCUCUCUCUCUCUCUCUCUCUCUCUCUCUCUCUCUCUUCAAUCGUCUUCCUCCUCCAUCUGGUCGUGGAGCUGAACAGCGCUCUCCUUCUCUCCCCCGCCUCGCUUGUUCCCCCAUUCCUUUUCCUCUCUCCCUCCGGCCCGCUUUAUUUGGGAUCGUGCGCGCCGGAAUCAGUUGCUGCUUCUUGUUAUCGGUCGAUAAUUUCUUGAUUUCCGACUCCGUCUGUUCGCUGCACAUCACAGAUUAGCCGGAAAUGGAGGAGGACAAGUCUAGGGCUUUAGGGAAUGGAGAUGGAGCCCAUUCUUCUUACUGGCUCGAUGCUUGUGAGUACCCGCCCUGCGACGUGGUCCCUGAAUUCGUCGAUUUUGGUGCUGUUGUUGGCGACCCUGCUGCCCAACAUAGCCUCGUCAGCGCCGAUGACUUCUUCGGAGGUAUUGACAGCAUUCUCGACAGCAUUAAAAGCGGUGAUGCAAUCCCUCCUCCUCCUACUCCUAGCUCUGAGAAGACUCGUGCUUUUGUCGAUGCUGGCUCCGGAUGCCUCAUCGGUUGUGACUCUCCGCCCUUAACUAGCAAUGGAGGAGAGCAAAAUGGGUUUCAGAGGCACGACGACCGGGAAAGCCAAAGAGACCUCUCUCGCGACGAAAGAAGCAACAAGAGAAGCAGGUGCAUCGCCCACAGUGGCCUCGCAAUCCACUCGAUGAAGGGGGGGAAUCCUUACCACCGGGAUAGGGAGAAGGAGAGACAAUCAAGCCUGAAGAGGCUGCGUGAUUGGGAUGAGCUUGACAGGGGAGAUAGGGAUCACAUCAGGAGGAGAGACCACCGCAGCGGUUCUGGACGACGGGAUGGGAGGGAGAGGGAAUGGAGAGAUAGCGAACCUAGCGGCUACUGGGAGAGGGACCGCCCAGGUUCCAAUGACAUUGUUUUCCGGUUAGGUACUUGGGAAGCUGAUCGUAGCAGAGAGGAGAAGUCCAGAACUGACGAUAUUCAGGACUGCAAUGGGAGGGUGGACGACAAGCCUGAGGAUCAUAAGGAGAGAUUUCCUGAGGAACAAGCCCGGCAGUAUCAGUUGGAUGUUCUCGAACAGGCCAAAAGGAAAAACACAAUAGCUUUUCUGGAAACGGGGGCAGGGAAGACCUUAAUCGCUGUUCUGCUCAUCAAAAGUGUGUGUGCUGAUCUACAUAAAUUAAACAAGAAAAUGCUGGCUGUAUUUUUAGUGCCUAAAGUUCCGCUUGUUUAUCAGCAAGCCGAAGUGAUCCGUGAGCGUACUGGUUACCAAGUUGGUCAUUAUUGUGGCGAAAUGGGUCAGGACUUUUGGGAUGCAAGACGAUGGCAACGUGAGUUUGAGACAAAGCAGGUUUUGGUGAUGACUGCUCAAAUUCUGUUGAACAUCCUAAGGCACAGUAUAAUAAAAAUGGAAGCUAUAAAUCUCCUUAUAUUGGAUGAAUGCCAUCAUGCUGUGAAGAAACAUCCAUAUUCCUUAGUGAUGUCCGAGUUCUAUCAUACAACACCCAAAGAGAAGAGACCGUCUGUGUUUGGAAUGACUGCUUCACCUGUUAAUUUAAAGGGCGUGUCAAGUCAAGUGGAUUGUGCAAUCAAGAUUAGGAAUCUUGAAAGCAAGCUUGAUUCUGUUGUCUGUACCAUAAAAGAUCGAAAGGAGCUGGAAAAGCAUGUUCCGAUGCCAUCUGAAGUUGUCGUAGAGUAUGAUAAAGCGUCUAGUUUGUGGUCCCUCCAUGAGCAAAUAAAACAAAUGGAAGUGGCAGUUGAAGAAGCCGCACAAUCUAGUUCAAGGAGAAGCAAGUGGCAAUUUAUGGGUGCUCGUGAUGCAGGUGCAAAGGAAGAACUGCGCCAAGUUUAUGGUGUUUCCGAAAGAACAGAGAGUGAUGGUGCUGCUAACUUAUUACAAAAGCUUAGAGCAAUCAAUUAUGCUCUUGGUGAGCUGGGACAAUGGUGUGCUUACAAGGUUGCGCAAUCCUUUUUGACUGCUUUGCAGAAUGAUGAGAGAACAAAUUACCAGCUCGAUGUUAAGUUUCAGGAAUCCUUCCUAAGUAAAGUUGUAUCUCUCUUGCAAUGCCAACUGUCAGAGGGGGCUGCUCUUGAUAAAGAUACGACAUCUGUAGGAAGUGGUGUCAUGUUGGAUGUAACUGAUAUUGAUGAGAUAGAGGAAGGAGAGCUUCCUGACAGUCAUGCUGUUUCUGGUGGAGAGCAUGUGGAUGUCAUAAUAGGAGCAGCUGUGGCCGAUGGAAAGGUGACGCCAAAAGUGCAGGCAUUAAUUAAAAUACUUCUCGAAUACCAACAUACAGAGGAUUUUCGGGCAAUAAUAUUUGUUGAGCGUGUUGUCGCUGCUUUGGUGCUUCCUAAGGUGUUUGCAGAGCUUCCAUCUUUAAGUUUUAUUAAAUGUGCGAGCUUGAUUGGGCAUAAUAAUAGUCAGGAGAUGAGGACAUGCCAAAUGCAGGAGACUAUUGCCAAAUUCCGAGACGGUCGUGUGACAUUGCUGGUUGCAACUAGCGUAGCUGAGGAAGGUCUUGAUAUACGGCAAUGCAAUGUUGUAAUUCGAUUUGACCUUGCAAAAACUGUUUUGGCGUACAUUCAGUCACGUGGCCGUGCUAGAAAGCCCGGGUCAGAUUACAUCUUGAUGGUUGAGAGGGGGAAUUUGUCCCAUGCAGCAUUUUUGAGGAAUGCAAGGAAUAGUGAGGAGACAUUGCGAAAAGAAGCAAUUGAAAGAACUGACCUUAGUCAUGUAAAGGACGCAUCCAGGUUAAUUUCACAGGAGGCUAUACUAGGUACAGUGUACCAGGUAGAGUCAACUGGUGCUAUCGUCAGCUUAAACUCUGCUGUGGGACUUAUUCAUUUCUACUGCUCUCAGCUUCCGAGCGACAGAUAUUCAAUUCUUCGUCCUGAAUUUAUCAUGGAGAGGCAUGAGAGACCAGGAGGUCCCACCGAAUAUUCCUGCAGGCUUCAGCUCCCUUGCAAUGCGCCUUUUGAAAAACUUGAGGGACCUAUAUGUGGCUCAAUGCGGCUUGCACAACAGGCUGUUUGCUUGGCUGCUUGCAAGAAGCUCCAUGAGAUGGGAGCAUUCACUGACAUGCUAUUACCAGAUAAAGGAAGCGGGGAAGAAGGGAAUAAUGUUGACCAGAAUGAUGAAGGAGAUCCUCUUCCUGGCACUGCCCGGCACAGGGAGUUUUAUCCCGAGGGUGUGGCUGACAUCCUCCAGGGAGAAUGGAUCUUGCAUGGACGAGAUGGUUGCAGUGACUCCAAGUUGCUUCAUCUUCAUAUGUAUGCUGUCAACUGUGAAAAUAUUGGCUCUACAAAGGAUUUGUUUUUAAAUCAAGUUUCGGACUUUGCUGUACUGUUUGGAAAUAUGCUGGAUGCAGAGGUGUUAUCGAUGUCCAUGGAUCUAUUUAUCGCUCGAACCAUGAUAACAAAGGCAUCUCUUCUUUAUAGGGGCUCAGUUAGUAUAACUGAGAAUCAGUUAAAAUCUCUUAAAAGCUUUCAUGUAAGAUUGAUGAGCAUUGUGCUGGAUGUGGAUGUUGAACCUUCGACCACUCCAUGGGAUCCUGCGAAGGCUUAUUUAUUUCUCCCUUUGGUUGGCGAUAAAUCUAUAGAUCCACUUAAAGAGAUUGACUGGGAUCUGGUCAAUGAAAUUAUUGGAACAAAUGCAUGGAGCAAUCCACUGCAGAGAGCCAGGCCAGAUGUGUACCUGGGUACAAACGAGCGUACUCUUGGUGGGGACAGAAGGGAGUAUGGAUUUGGGAAGUUGCGGCACGGUAUGGCUUUUGGACACAAGUCCCAUCCAACUUAUGGGAUUAGAGGAGCUGUAGCACAAUUCGAUGUUGUGAAAGCUGCUGGAUUGAUUCCUCACAGAGAUGCCUUUGAAAUGGAAAAGAAUCAGGACUUAUCUGAAGACAAAUUGAUGAUGGCUGAUUCUUGCAUAAAUUCUAAUGAUUUGGUGGGAAGAAUUGUGACGGCUGCACAUUCUGGAAAGAGGUUUUAUGUCGACUCCAUAUGUUAUGAUAUGACUGCAGAAAACUCAUUUCCAAGAAAAGAAGGCUAUCUUGGCCCGUUGGAGUAUAGCUCAUAUGCUGAUUAUUACAGACAAAAGUACGGAGUUGAAUUGGUCUAUAAACAACAACCAUUGAUCAAAGGACGUGGAGUGUCAUACUGCAAGAACCUACUCUCGCCUAGAUUCGAACACUCAGAAGGUGAAUCUGAGGAAAUUCUUGACAGGACAUAUUAUGUGUUCCUCCCCCCUGAACUCUGUCUUGUGCAUCCACUUCCCGGGUCACUUGUUCGUGGAGCUCAACGAUUACCUUCAAUAAUGAGAAGGGUAGAGAGCAUACUGCUUGCAAUUCAACUCAAGGAUAUAAUAGAUUAUCCAGUCCCUGCUUCGAAGAUCUUGGAGGCUUUGACUGCAGCCUCAUGUCAGGAGACGUUCUGUUAUGAAAGAGCGGAGCUCCUGGGAGAUGCUUACUUAAAAUGGGUUGUAAGCAAAUUUUUAUUUCUUAGAUAUCCACAAAAGCAUGAGGGUCAGCUGACCAGAAUGAGGCAACAAAUGGUGAGUAACAUGGUUUUGUAUGAAUAUGCUUUGAAUAAAGGACUUCAAUCCUUUAUCCAAGCGGAUAGAUUUGCUCCAUCUAGAUGGGCUGCACCAGGAGUGCUUCCUGUCUUUGAUGAGGAUACAAAGGAUGAAACAUCCUUGUUUGAUGUGGAGCAUUCGCUUGCUGAAGUUGGAGGUGGGUUAGUUGUAAACGGGGCUGAGUAUGAUGAUGACAGCAUUGAAGAUGGUGAAGUUGAGAGUGACUCAAGUUCUUACAGAGUUCUGUCUAGCAAGACACUAGCAGAUGUUGUUGAAGCAUUGAUUGGGGUGUAUUAUGUUGAAGGUAAGAAGAAUGCUGCCAAUCACUUCAUGAAAUGGGUGGGAAUACGGGUUGAGUUUGAUAAUAAUGAGAAAGAAUGCGCAAUCAGGCCAUCAAAUGUGCCAGAGAGCAUCCUCAGGAGUGUCAAUUUUGAUGCUUUAGAAUCUGCCCUUAAUGUCAAGUUUAAAGAUAGAGGCCUCUUGGUAGAAGCUAUUACUCAUGCUUCACGACCAUCUUCUGGAGUCUCUUGCUACCAGCGGUUGGAGUUUGUUGGUGAUGCAGUUCUGGAUCAUCUUAUUACAAGGCAUUUGUUCUUCACUUACACUGAUCUUCCGCCUGGCCGCUUGACUGAUUUACGAGCUGCUGCUGUAAACAAUGAAAACUUUGCACGUGUUGCGGUUAAACACAAGCUCCAUUUACACCUUCGUCAUGGGUCUAGUGCCUUGGAGAAGCAGAUCAGGGACUUCGUAAAGGAAGUUCAAGAUGAAUUGUCGAAGCCAGGUUUCAACUCUUUUGGUUUAGGAGAUUGUAAAGCACCAAAAGUCCUUGGCGAUAUUGUUGAAUCCAUUGCUGGUGCUAUAUUCCUUGAUAGUGCACAUGAUACUGCUGUCGUGUGGCAGGUUUUUCAGCCCUUGUUGCAACCCAUGGUCACUCCAGAUAGACUCCCCAUGCAUCCUGUCAGGGAGCUGCAAGAACGCUGCCAGCAGCAGGCUGAAGGCUUGGAGUAUAAGGCCUCUCGAAAUGGCAACUUGGCUACAGUUGAAGUCUUUGUUGAUGGGGUACAGGUUGGGGUCGCUCAGAAUCCGCAAAAAAAGAUGGCGCAGAAACUUGCUGCACGAAAUGCUCUUGCUGUUCUGAAAGAAAGGGAGACAUCCGAUCCUAAGGUGAACAUUGAUGGAAAGAAGAAAAAUGGUAACCAAACAUUUACGAGGCAGACACUAAACGACAUAUGUUUGCGUCGAAACUGGCCAAUGCCAUUAUAUAGGUGUGUAAAUGAGGGUGGCCCUGCACAUGCAAAGCGGUUCACUUUUGCCGUUCGUGUAAACACCACUGACAGGGGAUGGACGGAUGAAUGUGUGGGGGAGCCCAUGCCAAGUGUCAAAAAGGCGAAGGACUCUGCUGCUGUUCUUCUCUUGGAACUUCUAAACAAAUGGUUCUCUUGACAUUAAAAUUAUAUUAUGAAUGGCCCUUAAUAUGCAUUCAUGCUCCGGACUCGAAGAAAGAUGGGGGGCUUGCAACUUAUGAUACUUUUCCUCUCUUGUUCUCUUGCCCAACCAAGUGCUACAGGGAUGUGUGUUUUUUAAAUUUUAUUACGAGGUCUUUCGCUGGAUAAGCAUGGAAGGGGAUUUUUGUAAGGACUAUUGCUUGGUUAUAUACUCUCUUGGUAUAGAGAGAGUACCAGAAAUAGGAGAGGAGCGCUGAUUACACAGGAAUUAAUAAAUGUUUUUUAUGAAA